UCCACCCCCUGGCUGCUCCUGCCCAGGAAAGACCUGUAGGAAAAGGCCAGGGAGCCCUGCCCACCCUCCCCAGUCCCACCAUCCACUGAGUGCCGGCAUCUGGAGACCCCAUGGCCCUGGCUCAUUGGGGCUGCUGUCCCUGGCUUGUCUUCCUCUGUGCUUGUGCCUGGGGCCACCCAAAGCCAGCGGACCUCAGAAGAGAGGACGUGAGAAACUGUUCAAUCAGCCCUCCGUACCUACCAGUCACUGCGGUCAAUACCACAGCACGGCUCAUGGCCCUCCACCAGCAGCUGCAGGCCCAGAAUCUCUCUGCCUACAUCAUCCCAGAUACGGAUGCCCACAUGAGUGCAUGCAUUGGCAAACAUGAUGAGAGGCAUGCAUGGAUGACAGGCUUUACAGGAUCAGCAGGAACAGCAGUAGUGACCCCAUGGAUAGCAGCACUCUGGACCGACAGUCGCUACUGGACUCAGGCUGAGCGGCAGAUGGACUGCAACUGGGAGCUCCACAAGGAAGUUGGCACUGCUCCUGUUGUCACCUGGCUCCUCACCGAGAUUCCUGCUGGAGGGCGUGUGGGCUUCGACCCCUUCGUCUUCUCAGUUGGCUCCUGGGAGAGUUAUGACCUGGGCCUCCAAGGCUCUGGCAGACAGCUGGUGUCCAUCACAGACAACCUCGUGGAUCUGGUAUGGGGAUCCCAGAGGCUGCCUGUUCCAAGCCAGCCGAUUUAUGCCCUGCAAGAAGCAUUCACAGGGAGCACGUGGCAGAAUAAAAUAUCUGGCAUCCGAAGCCAAAUGCAGAAGCAUCCCAAGGCCCCAACUGCUGUCCUUGUGUCGGCACUUGAUGAGACUGCCUGGCUCUUCAACCUCCGUGGCAAUGACAUCCCCUAUAAUCCCUUCUUCUAUUCCUGCACGCUGCUCACGGACUCCUCCAUCAGGUUAUUUGCAAAUAAGAGUCGGUUUAGCUCCGAGACCCUGCAGUACCUCAACUCCAGCUGCACAGGCGCCAUGUGUGUGCAGAUGGAGGACUACAGCCAAGUCCGCGACAGCGUCCAGGCCUAUGCCUCAGGAGACACACGGAUUUGGAUUGGGACCAGCUAUACAACUUAUGGACUCUACGAAGUGAUACCCAAGGAGAAACUCGUGGCAGACACCUACUCUCCAGUGAUGAUAGCUAAGGCGGUGAAAAACAGCAAAGAACAGGCCCUCCUCAAGGCCAGCCAUAUACAGGAUGAUGUGGCUGUGAUCCGGUACUUGGUCUGGCUGGAGAACAACGUUCCCAAAGGCAUGGUGGAUGAGUUCUCAGGGAAAGAGCUCGUGGACAAAUUCCGAGGAGAAGGGUUCUCCUCCGGGCCCAGUUUUGAAACCAUCUCUGCUAGUGGACUGAAUGCUGCCCUGGCUCACUACAGCCCGACCAAAGAAAUACACCGCAAACUGUCCCCAGAUGAGAUGUACCUGCUGGAUUCUGGGGGCCAAUACUGGGAUGGAACCACAGACAUCACCAGAACAGUCCACUGGGGUACACCCUCUGCUUUCCAAAAGGAGGUGUAUACCCAUGUGCUGAUGGGAAAUAUCAAUCUGUCCAGACUUGCCUUUCCUGCUGCUACAUCAAGGUGAGUGAUGAAGGCUUUUGCCCGCAGAGCCUUGUGGGACGUUGGGCUCAAUUAGGGUCACGGGACAGGCCAUGGCAUUGGCAACUUCCUCUGUGUGCACGAGUGGCCAGUGGGGUUCCAGUCCAACAACAUCGUCAUGGCCAAGGGCAUAUUCACUUCCAUUGAACCUGGUUACUAUCAGCUUGGUGAAUUUGGGAUUCGUCUUGAAGAUGUGGCCUUGGUGGUAGAAGCAAAGACCAAGUACCCAGGGACCUACCUGACCUUUGAAGUGGUGUCCUUGGUGCCGUAUGACUGGAACCUCAUUGAUAUCAGCCUGCUGUCACGAGCAGGCCCUCAUCCCUCCUACCCUUUGCAGCUCCAGUACCUGAACCACUACUACGAGACCAUCCGCGAGGUGGGGCCAGAGCUGCAGCGGCGCUAGCUGCAGGAAGAGUUUGCGUGGUUACAGCAGCACACGCAGCUCUUGUCAGCGAAAGCCCCACACACCGCCUCCCUGGCCGCUGUGUUGGCAGCCUCCACCCUUGCUGUCCUUGGUUGGAGUGUCUAGAGGCUCCGGACUCCCCUGUUCAUCCUCCACCUGGAUGUGGGUUUCUCUCAGCUCCCCUCUCCUGGCCCCAUCCAUCCCCCAAGAGCCUGCCCAAUGCCUGAAAACCAUUGCCCUCAGCCUCCUUCUCCAAGACCAGACUCCAGUGGGACAGGGCUUCUUGGCCCCCUCUGGGCUUGUACACCUCACCCUCAGCUCCCAAUCCUAGGCCCCGGGAGAGGAGGGCCAGCUAGUCCUUAUCUCCCAUGAGCCCAGUAGGCCCAACCUACAGCCUGGCAGAGCCUGCUACUGCUGCUGCUCACCCCACCCCCACCUCCCCAAAAAAAGACCAGUAGGGCAGUGCCUGUACCCCCAGAGGCUCCAUGACCCUAGAGAACCUGACCCUAUCCUCACCUGCUGGAUAUAGCCAGAGCUGUUCCCACCCCACUGGACCCUGACUUCUUGGUCUUCCCACCCUUGAAGCUACCUCUGGUCAUCCCCACCUCACCCCUAUCUGCCCCUAGCCCUACAACAGCCUUCUGUCUACCAGCCUCUGGGCCAAAGGAGCAAGCCCUCCCUGGGGGCUGCUUGCUUUGCCUGUAGAGGGAGAGGAAGGAAGGGUGACUGAGUACUCUUAUUGCAUACUGCACACCAGGGUGAGGGAAAUCAGAGGGGGGAGGGCAGGGUGGGGCUGAAGCCAGAGGCCAGCCAGAGAAGGUGCACACACACCAGGCUCCCAACUUGUGAGCCAAUUGCUCGUAAACCUUGGGUGGGCUCCAUGCGAAAUGACAGGCUAGGGAGGCAAGUCACAGGAAUUUGGCUGCGGAGUAGGAGGGAAUGUGGCAAGGAACUCUGGAAUACAGUCCUAUCAGAGGCUGGGUAACAGCUGGAACAGCCCCACCUAAUCAUUAUCCCUGAUAUUUGUGGGGCCCCAGCAACAAUGCUAUUAAAUCCCUGCGCCUCCUUGUCAGGGAGGAGUCUGGUUUUGCCUUUUUACAGGCAGGAAAACUGAGCUCCAGACGGGGAGAUGGGACAUGGCCAAGGACACACAACAUUUUGGCUGGGAGAUGGUGAAGCCAGAAUGAGACGGCCAUCCAGCUCUUUUACCGUUCAGCACCUCAAAAAAAUCCCUUAUCCUACUUCCUGAGCCCCUGCUCAUUUACUGGGCCCUUGGUUGGGCUGAGAAGAGUUUUUCUUGGGUGGCCGUUAGCCACCUGGUCUCACAUCCUGCUAGAUGCUCAAGAGGGCCUGGCAAUGACGCCUGCCUCAGGGUUUUGCAUCGUGUCUGCUGUGUUGUCGGAGAACUGCUGUUACCUGUGGCUUUUGUGGUGGGGGAGGAAGAGAAGGGGUGAGGCAGGGGCGGGGAUGUGAGGCUCCCAGAAGCUCAGUUGGGGAGCACAUGUGCUUGAGAAUGUGUGUGUGAGCAUGGGCAUAUGCACACGCAUUUCCCCCACCCCUCCCCGCCCUGCCAACCACCUCCAGCCUGUGCUAAAGGUGUAGUGGCUGUGGGGAGGAGAUAUAGGCAAGCCCCAAGCUGGAAGACUUAUCGAAUGUGAGCCAGAAAAGUUAGAGCCAGCACCUUUGCUCAGCAACACACAGCCCUGGGGAGGAAAGAAGUGAGUCCCUGUAUGUAGGGCACUGGGCAAAGGCACUAGGCAGAACAGGACCACCAGGCCAAGUUUACUGGAUAUGAGGGUGGCCUGCACCAGUCCCCACCACCUAUGCUUGCAUCCAAAGGCCCCAGCCCCGGCCCAGCCUCACUGAGAGCCUGCAGAACUCAAGGGCAGGCCUCUGCUUGCUUAGUUAUUUGCUCUCUCACCUGCUCAUCCCACAAAAUUACCUAAUGAUAAUAAAGUAAAAAUAAUAACAAUAA